AUGAACGACGAGGCCCUCAAACAAGCCGCCAAGUAUAACCCCCCCCCCACUCAUCUCCCCCCUUUACAGAAACAAACCUCACUAACAAAAUCCUCCAACAGCAACACCACCACCAGCACCACCAACGGCCUCCUCUCCCCCCUCAACAUCGUCCUCCUCCUCAUCCUCCUCCACACAGCCUACAAAACCUUCCUCUCCAAACCAUCCUACCCGGUCCUCCCGCGCCCUCCCCCACCCAUCGUCUUCAAGACCUACACGCCGCGCACCCUGCUCCCCUUCAACGGCGAAGACAACAAGCCCGUGUUCCUCGCCGUCCGCGGCGCAGUCUACGACGUCUCGCGCGGGCGCAACUUUUACGGGCCCGGCGGUCCUUACGAGAAUUUCGCGGGCAGGGACGCGAGUCGCGGGUUGGCGUGCGGGAGCUUUGACGAGGAGAUGCUGACCAAGGAUUUGGAUGGCCCGCUGGAUGACUUGAAGGAUUUGGGGGAUGAGGAGAUGGAGGCGUUGAGGGGGUGGGAGGAGCGGUUUAGUGAAAAGUAUGAUGUUAUUGGGAGGUUGGUCAGUGUGAGGGAGUUUGAGGAGAUGAGCAAGAAGGAGUAG